AUGGUCUUCAAUCGACAAAAGCAAAAGCCAGCAGAUCUUCAAGUGCCUGUCGUCCCAACAUUCCCUCUUUCUUCGCCCAUCAGCGAAGAAAUCGAGAGUCCGUCAUGUUCGUCUGCAGAGGAUCGAGAUCUAGAGCGCACUCGACCAUUCGACUUCCUCGUCAAAGCGACUAGACACAAGGUCGAGAAACGGCAGGCCCUGGCUCGUGAGAUAUCGUCCUUGGGUUUAUCCCAUCGAGAUCGAGAUCGGCAUGGCGAGGCUACGGGUCCAGGAACCAGACUCAGUAUGCGCGGUAUCACCAAGAAGAAAAAGAAUGCCUCGAAACCGGUUGGGUUGAAUCUGGUUACGGAUUUUACACUUGCAGCGCCGCCAAAGAAACAGAAGCAGAAGGAUAAGGAGCAGGAGAAGGAGAGGGGGAGGAAAAUGUGCCCGCUCCAUUUGUCGACUUGA